AUGGCUGGGAUCCUGAAUAAAUUGCGGAAUCUAGAUGCGUAUCCUAAGAUCAAUGAGGAUUUUUACAGCCGUACGCUUUCCGGCGGCGUUAUCACCCUCGUUUCCUCCGUUGUUAUGUUUCUUCUCUUCUUCUCCGAGCUACGCUUAUAUCUACAUACCGUCACCGAGUCGAAGUUGAUAGUGGAUACUUCAAGGGGAGAAACGCUACGCAUUAAUUUCGAUAUGACUUUUCCUGCUCUAGCAUGUUCGAUUCUCAGUGUUGACGCUAUGGACAUUAGUGGGGAGCUGCAUCUUGAUGUGAAACAUGAUAUUAUAAAGAGAAGACUAGAUUCUCAUGGUAACACUAUAGAAGCAAGACAGGACGGAAUAGGUGCUACUAAGAUUGAAAAACCACUGCAGAAACAUGGUGGCAGGCUGGAACAUAAUGAGACUUACUGUGGUUCUUGCUAUGGUGCUGAAGCGGAAGAGCAUGACUGCUGCAAUUCAUGUGAGGAUGUUCGUGAAGCAUAUAGAAAGAAAGGUUGGGGUGUUACAAAUCCAGACUUGAUUGACCAGUGUAAACGAGAAGGUUUUCUACAAAGAGUGAAGGAUGAAGAAGGUGAAGGGUGUAACAUCUAUGGGUUCUUGGAGGUUAAUAAGGUGGCAGGGAAUUUCCACUUUGCUCCUGGGAAAAGCUUUCAUCAGGCUGGCGUUCACGUUCAUGAUCUCCUUGCUUUUCAGAAAGAUAGUUUUAACAUAAGUCACAAGAUCAACAAACUGGCUUUUGGGGACUCUUUUCCUGGUGUUGUCAACCCUCUUGACAGAGUCCAGUGGAGCCAAGAGACGCCUAAUGCUAUGUACCAAUACUUUAUCAAGGUUGUACCAACAGUAUACACAGAUAUCAGUGGACACACGAUUCAAUCAAAUCAGUUCUCAGUGACAGAACAUGUUAAAAGCUCAGAAGCAGGGCAGCUUCAAUCCUUACCAGGAGUUUUCUUCUUCUAUGAUCUCUCUCCGAUAAAGGUGACAUUCACAGAGGAACAUAUAUCGUUCUUGCAUUUCCUGACGAAUGUUUGUGCCAUAGUCGGAGGUGUUUUCACGGUCUCUGGGAUAAUAGACGCGUUUAUAUACCAUGGUCAAAAAGCAAUCAAGAAGAAGAUGGAAAUUGGUAAAUUUAGUUGA